UAUACAUAUCUGCUAAUGGGUCAGGGCGAUUGUUCUUGUUAGAUUUUGCAGGUUGUUGACUGUGGGUGCUUGGGUGGGUGGCUGCCACGUCCUUCUGCCCAAAAUAAGAGUACACACUGAAAAAACAAAUCGAAAUACCCUCAAUACAAUUGGGCAAUUGGCAUCUUUCCCCGGCAUAAUUCAACGACGGCAAAUCCAUGAGCCAAUCACUGGCAAUUUCGGCCAUGGCCGCCAUCGCCACCUCCUUUUCCGCCGCGGCCGCCAUCGCUCACCGGAGAUCCCGGCCCCACCUCCAGCUCGUCGCUCGUCGACGCGCCCCGUUCUCAACCGCCGCCUCUUCUUCCUCCGCGCCAUCUGCUGCCGCGGCGGGCUUCGGUUGGACCGACGCCCUCCGAGUUGCCAGCGACACCGGGCUCGACGACGAGUCCGACCUUUCCGGAUACUUCCGGAAGGUUGACAUCUGCAACCGAGGAAUGGAUAAGAAGGGGCAGUUCGUGGAGUUCUUGGUAGAAGAUCAAGUGGUGGGGUACAUCCACAAGGGUUUCACCGAUCACCUCAGAGACUUCAAUGAUGUUUUUAGCAUUGUCUCGGGCAACAACUGCAACAGUAGUCUGGAGCAUGUGACUCUUCACUCAUCGCUUAAGACGCAAGAAGACCGAACAAUCGCUAUUGGGAAUGUCAUAAAAGGCCUAGGAGAACUCAUUCCAGGUAUUCGAAACGAGGAAACCAUCUCAAUGUAUAGUCACAAAGUCCCCCAGCAAUGUGUCGGGGACGGAGCCAGAAAUUCGGCACGAGGGGGGCGAGUUGGGCCCAACCUAUCUUUUAGUGAUAUGAUUAGUAGUUUUUAUUGGGGGGUGGUUGCAUGUCUGACAAUUGUUUUUAACAUACAGCUCUAUCCAGUAACCUCGUCUUAUGGCACGCCCGUAUACUUCUCUCUGGAACGUGCUGCUGCUCCCUACUUUGGUAUAAAGGCCUAUGGUGUUCACAUGAAUGGGUACAUCGAGGCGGAUGGUGAGAAAUCUCUUUGGAUUGGUAAAAGGAGUGAUGUGAAGCAAACCUACCCUGGCAUGCUUGAUCAUCUUGUUGCUGGUGGCUUGCCAUACGGUAUCUCCUGUAAAGAGAAUAUCAUCAAGGAAUGUGAAGAGGAAGCAGGAAUCCCCAGAUCCAUGUCAACCAAUGCUACUUCUGUUGGGGCCAUUUCUUACGUGGAUAUCGAUGGGUUUAGAUACAAAAGAGAUGUUCUGUUCUGCUAUGACCUUAGACUUCCUGCUGAUUUUGUUCCUAAUAAUGAAGACGGAGAGGUUGAUAGCUUCAGACUAAUCCCUGUGCGACAUGCUGGAAACAUUAUCCGGAGGACAGAUUAUUUCAAGGCCAAUUGCAACCUUGUCAUCAUCGACUUCCUCUUCCGUCAUGGGUAUAUAAAACCAGAUUAUCAUGGAUACCUAAAGCUGCUGCAAAGCUUGAGGAGUGGCGAUUGUUCCUAGUGCUGCCAUCCACUGUUCACAUAGUCAGAUUGAGAAGAGGCCGGGCCUUCCAGCUCCAUUAAUAAUAAUGAAACCAGGCAAUUCAGUACAUAGUAUUUCUUGCCAGAAAUAGAAUGCAGGAAAUUAAAAAACGCUACAGGCAGCAAGGGAGUGCCAAACAUGACAGUUUCAACAGCUGGCGACCUAGCUAAACACAAAUGCCUCGAGCCUGAUUCUCAGAAACAGCUGAGGGAACAACAAAACGAGACAGCUCUUUGCGAAGCUUCAGGCGAUGCGGGAGCACUCCAGACCCCUCUGAUGCGUGGGAACCCAGCUUGCUGUUCAGGAUCGGAGACGACGAGCGAAGAUUAACCUAGAUAUGGCCUCGGCAUGCUGCAUAUGAAUAUCGGGGGUCUUAGGGAGAAUGACAAGGAAGACGCCAGAGCAACUGCUUUGUUCAUUUCCAGGGCAGCUGGACUGGCUCCCUGGGAUGGCUAGACAGGUGAUUGCAGAACCUGUCGAUCUCCUCCUGCAUCGUCUCCCUGAACAGGAGCGACCACUUGCGGAUAGUACGAAGAAUCAGACACAAAUCUGCUUCAAAUCAAGCCAGACACGGUGGUUAAAGAUCAUGUCAUUGUGGAAAGUCCAGAGACUCCACAAAACAGCAGCACAAAUUGUGUUCAUAGAUGCAAAAAAAUUAUUAGCCACCCAGUAACGAGCUACAGAUUCAUAAGAAGAGUCAAUGUCUAUGGAAAAAAGAGAGACAUCAUGCCAAAUGGCUUUGGCAAUUGCACAGUCAAAGAAUAAGUGGUUGACAUAUUCAUUUUCAGUACAAAAGACAUAGUCCUCAGGUU